AUGUAUCAAGAACCAUCAAAUUGGUCCUUACAUGAAUUGUCUAACUAUAAGUUCGGACGUCAAUCUUUCUGUGUUACUAAUUUUCCUGAAUCGGUUUGGAACGCUUGUUCAGGUUUUGGAAAUGUAUUUGAUCUUUUCAUCUCUAAUAACAAAUCAAUUUUGGGUAAAUGUUUAGGAUUUGUUCGCUUUAAAGGAGUUCAUAAUCUUGAUGAUAUGGUUAACAGUCUUUGUGGUAUUUGGUUUAGGUAUUGUAAACUAUUUGCUUCCUUGCCAAGAUUCGAUAAGAAGCGUUCUUCACAGACUCCUCAUUUUAUAACCUCUAAAGUUGUGAAACAGGAUUCUCAUGGAAACUCUUAUGCUAGUGUGCUUAAAGGGUCAUUUUAG